AUGUUAACACCAAAACGACCAGGAUCAGUCACUCCCGAGGAAAUCGGUAAUGAAACUGAUACAAAAGUUCCUGAUGCAACAAGAAAUACUUUAGUAACCUCAACAACAUGUCGCAACGACUCUUUAUCUGAAGAGUUUCUUUCAAGUAGGAGGAGCGGAAGGAGAAACGCUUUAACUUAUGCCGAAAGUGGAAUGGUAGACCUUCCAGAUCGUUUCGAAGAGCUUUCUGUGGAUACACAUGAAACGAACAAGGAGGGUCAAAAUCCAAGCAUCCCCGGAACAUCGAAACAACAGCGUUGAUACGGCUUGAGAUUCCUAUAGAAUCUAUUAGAUUCGUUGAUUUCAACAUCGAUCAUGCUCUUUUAAUGUAGCAUCAGCAAGAAGAUUACAAUCUUGCAUAAACUUUAACAUGGUAAGGUGUAGCAACUGCUAAAAUGUUAUUUAAUUACUUGAAGUUAAAUCUUCAGGUGGAAUUAAUUAUACAUUAUGAUAAUGCAUGUAUAAUACCAUUGUAUAGUUAAGGUUAGAUAUAUAUGAAGGAUAAAAGUCAUAGUGAUGUAAGUCAUAUAAUCUUUAUUUUAAAAAUAGUAAGUUUUUAU